CCGCGGAGCCUCGGCGUCCUGGGACGCGGGAGCCAUGGCCGCCGUGGCGGGGGCCCAGGGAAGGCUGCGGCGGGCCGCGCGGGUGCUCGCGCACGUGUGCGGACUGACCCUGGCCAUGAAAAGGUACAUUGAAAAGAGUCGAGCAGCAGAGUGGGCACGAUUUUACCUGAGUAUGAAGACUUGUUCCACUAAUGAAUUAUUGUAUAGCAGCAGCAGCUUUUCUAAAUAUAACUUGAGCCAAGAUUUUGAAAAGCUGAAAACAUUGUUGUCUCUUCAGCCUAAGCAAAGAAGCCAAGAAAAUCUCAGAGAGAUUCAACUCUGCCUAAAGAAGAAUAGGUCAUUUCGCAGUUUGCCAAAUGAAGUACAGCUCCAGCUUUGCCAGACCGCGAUCUAUCAAGAGUAUGAAGCUGAGAGUGUGGUUCUGAGACAAGGACAUGUCCCCCUUGAAUGCUGCUUGGUUCUUGCUGGACAUUUAAAGAGUGUGUCGAGUAACACAAGCGAGAAUAAAAGCUCCAACUCUGAAAUUCUAAGUGAGUUUGAAGAAGGUGACUUCAUAGGGGAAAUCUGCCUUUUGACUAAUGCCAGGCGACAUACUUCAGUUGUAUGUGAAACAGAUGUAAUGCUUCUGGUGAUAAAUAAAGAAUGUCUACAGUGGUCAGUGGGUGCGAAUUCGCCUAGUGCGCAGCAGGAUUUUUGCUGUAUUCUUGCACAGAGAGUCCAAGAACAAUAUCAAGAAACUUGCGGAUUUCUCAGGAAUCUCCCAUUAUUCUCUUCAUGGCCAAAAGGGAAGAUAGACUUUCUGGUUGAUUGUUCCCUACGCCGAUACUACAGGGCUGGCCCAACCAUUAUCUCUGAUAAUUUGAACUCUUGUUUCCUUGUAUUUGUCAUAUCUGGCCACUGUCUGGUGGUUGCUCAGAUGGAGCGUGAGAAAGCAGUGCAUGCCUGGCAGAUGAAGAAGACAGGUUCCUCUGCCCUGAAAAAUGUCCACACUGGGGUUCUGCCAAGACGACCUGCUGGGGUAACUGCUGUGUUAGAAGCAUCCGCAGUGUCUCGCGAGACUUCCCCCUCAGCCACUAGAACGACACUCAGCACACAGGAGCCUCGGCUGCAGAGAUCUUCACCAGCAACAUGUUUUGUUGAGAUAAGAGUCCUGGAACAAGGUGGAAUUUUUGGUUUAGUAGAAACACUGGACAAGUCAUGUGAUCUUCAACUGUGUCUGAUCAGUGGGGGAGCAGAAUGCAUUUUUAUUCCCAGAACCGUGUUUCUAGCAGAAGCCGGCACUGAAACCAGGAGAACAGCCUUGGCGUCAGUGUGUGCCUACCCCUCAGUGGAGGCCAUCCGGAAGCACGUGGUCGAGCACCAAGCGUGGGAAGCUUACAAGGCCAGACUCUUGGAACCGUACCUGAAGAGAGGAAGCAAAGUCUGAAUUUGAGUGGCACCUCUGUAGGGCCCAGGGAAUAGGGUCUGUUUACUGUUGCAUAAGUAACGGAUGCCACACCCUAAUUUGCUCAAAGCUCCAGCUGCUGACUUCCUACCCCAUCCAAACCUGAUAAGUUAUGUUAUUUCUCAUUAGAUAAUGUAUUCAAAUUUUAGUUAUUGAGUAAUAUAGCUUUACAUGGGAAGUUGUUAGUGAUAAAAACAGGCUGUAAAAGUGAUGAAUACAAUUUAAAUAAAAUUGUGUAUAUCCAUAGCAUAAGAAGUCAUAAAAUUUAAUGGUCAUCUGUAAUGCUGUACUUUUUCAUACUUUUCUAAAAACUUGCUUCUUUGGCUAGAACUCAAUUUUCAAAACUAUUUUAGUAACAGAAUACUAUUUUAAUCAGAAAACACAAAGCCUUAGAAAUCCUAUUUCUGCCUGGGUUACUGUUUCUGCAGGAUGAAGUUUGCCGGCUUUGAAAGACUAACAGGGCAAAUAAAGAGGGAAAAGAUCCUAAAGGGAGCUUCGUAUUACGCAAGUAUACAACCCGUAUCUUGUCCGACAGAGUUAGAGAUAAAACUAUCAUUAGAUCCUGCAGCGGGUGCUUGUCUGGGUCUGUCCUAGCCCACCUUUGAUUUCAGCUGUGAUGGUCAGCUCUGGCUGUCAGCAGCAUCCCCCCUCCAAAGUGGGAAUGGGGCUGUGUGGGUCAGUGCCCCAGUGCCUCCGUCUUUGACUUCUAAGGUCGUUCCCCUAAGCAUCGUGCGCUCAUUACCUGCUGCUGUAUACAAGUGACUUCAACCAGUGGUCUGAAGUCACCAACAUUUCUUAUUUCACAGUGUCUGUGGGAAUCGAGGAGCUCAGCGGGGUGCCCCGGCUCAGUCUCCCAUGGUACUGCAGUCCACAUGGGAGCCAAUGCCGCAGUCAUCUGAGGCAUGAUUGGGGUGGGAGGCUCCCAUGGAGGAGGCCUCACAUUGCCCCUGGGUCCCUUCCUCAUGGCUCCUCACCCUGCAACUUCCCCCAAGAGUUAGCAUUCUAAAAGAGAAAGAACCAGUACCCCCAAAGGAUUAGUAGGUUUUUAUCACCUAAUCUUGGAAGCGACCUGCCAUCACACAGACCGCACCUGGAGCAGUGUGGACAGUGACUGGUGACUGCCCCUGUCCUCACAGGACUGAGUCCAGAUGCCUCCAGUGAGAGAUCAACCGAUAGUGUGUUCUGGGAGUGUCUCCUACGAUGUCUGACUCUCCCCAUUCCCUCAUACCUGCUACCUGAGAUAAGCACCCACCACAUGACUUACCUAACCCUGAGCCUGACUUGAGUUCUCAUUUCAAUGGAAUGCAAAGUAAGAGAAUCCCAGCCCAAAAUGCAAAAUGCCAGGUAAAUCUUCCUUGAAUUUUUUUUUUUUUACAGGCAGAGUGGACAGUUAGAGAGAGAGAGACAGAGAGAAUCUUGAAUUUUGUUAAUUAAAAAAUAAAUAGCCUCCCAGUGCAAUGUUCAACUUCUUGUUUUGAAAUAAUUAAAAAGCAUACAUGAAAGUUGCAGUGUAGUCAUCCCUCCUCUGUAUCUGUGGGGGGACCCACGCCUCCACCAUGGAUACUGAAAUCUGCCAGUGCUCAAGUCCCGUAUGUAACAUGGUGUGCUAUUGGCAUGGAACACUCCACACACCCUCUCAAAUACCUUAAUUCAUCUCUACAUUCUUUACAAUACCUAAUAUGAGGGUACUUUAGUAAGUUCAUAGAAAAUAGUAUUAAAAGAUAAGUUUUUUUAGCACAAAAUUUUUUGAAAUUUAUGAAUACACAGGAGCUUCCAAAAGUUCAUGGAAAUACAUAAUAUUAUAAACUGCCUGUGGGGCCUGCACUGUGGCACAGUAGGUUAAUCCUCCACCUGCAGCAACCGCAUCCCAUAUAGGCGCCAAUUCUAAGUUCCAGCUGCUCCUCUUCCUAUCCAGCUCUCUGCUGUGGCCUGGGAAAGCAGUAGAAGAUGACCCAAGUCCUUGGGCCCCUGCACCUGUGUGGGAGACCCGGAAGAAACUCCUGGCUCCUGGCUUUGGAUCCGUGCAGCUCUGGCCAUUGCGGCCAUUGGGGAGUGAACCAAUGGAGGGAAGACCUUUCUCUCUGUCUCUCCCUCUAACUGUAACUCUGCCUCGCAAAUAAAUAAAUAAAAUCUUUGAAAGAAACUGCAUGUAUUUCUUUUUUAAUUUUUAUUUUUUAAAAGAUUUUGUUUAUUUUGAGAAGCAGAAUUAGAGACAGUGAGAGGGAGAGGCCUAGAGAAAAAGUCUUCCAUCUGCUGGUUCACUGCCCAGAUGGCUGCAAUGACCGGAGCUGGGUUGAUCCAAAGCCAGAAGCCAGGAGAUUUUUCUAGGUCUCCCACAUGGGUGCAGGGGCCCAAGCACUUGGACCAUCUUCUCCUGCUUUCCCAGGCCAUAGUAGAGAGCUGGAUCGGAAGAGGAGCAGCCGAGACUAGAACCAACGCCCAUAAGGGGUGCUGGCACCACAGGCGGAAGAU